AUGUGCGACGAAUUUUCCUACCUGGGACGGAUGAGAAACUACGGAGAAAGGGGACCUUUUGACAUCAAGAAUAAUCUCAAUAUAUACCUAGGGGCAGACGAUGAGAGGCCCCUCAAGAUAGUCAUAGGAGAGUACGUGGCACAGAACUACCCAGAAGCCGGCAAUAAGGCCUAUUCCCUACCCGAGGGAUAUAUUUUGAGAGAGAAGCUAAUUAGGGAGCUUGAGGAAACGGCCUAUAAGAAUGAAGCAGAUGAGACAUGUAAGGAAGAGGUGGAUAUGCCAUCGAAGCAUCAGUCUAUUGCCAAGGUGUUCGAUUGCCUCAAAUACGCAUUCGAAGGUUUGCCAUCGUUAACAAUCGCUGAUUAUACCUUCACAGACACCUUGCUAAAAGUCAUGAAUGACCACCAAAAGGAUGAAUUCCUUGAUGUAUCCGGAGUCAGGAAAGAAUACCUGGAAUCUGGAGCUCAUGAUGUAUUUGGGAUAGCCAUAUCUGGCAAAGACAUCGUGGGGAUGUUCUUCCAGAUUGAGGAAACGACAUCAAAUGAAAACCAAAUGACAUUUUUUCAGAUGUUUAAGAGGGCUACACAAAAAGUUCUGGAAGAUAUAAACAUUUUUCGUACCUUAUGCAAUGAAUUUCCACUUUCGUCUGUGAAAUUAGCAGGUUUCGUCGCUUUCCCGAUGCUUAGUGAAACUGAUAUGCAGGAAGUGGUCAAGUGCAAAGAAUGUAGGGAGAGAAUGCUCACUUCAGAAGAUCUGAAAACCAAGGAAAGAUUCAUAGGCUUUUUGGCAAGAAAUGACAUAAAGUUGGAAAUUCCUUCAGAACUGGGUCCAGAAUCAUACCUUAUGACAACCUUUAAAGACAUCUUUAGUCUCUACGUUUGUGCAGCAUCAGCUGUGGACCUCCCACGAAAUCCCACUCAGUUAUACACCAGGACCGAGCAACACAUGAAGCCGAUGCUAGUGAUUCUCACCCCAAGACAGAGAGAGUUGGUGAAGAGCAAUGCGAAGGUCAUUCUAAUGACUGGCACAAGCGGAACGGGAAAAACAUUUGUCCUUAAAAGAAGAGCCCUGGAGUUGGUGGAGAAAAGUGACCCCGUUAUGGUCUUGAAUCUUUCAGGAGGCGAUCUCACCGAAGAUUUUCGACAGGACUUCCAAGAAGCAAAAAAGGAAAUCGAGGUUGUCGACGGGAGAGAGGGAAGAGAGAAUGGUCUAGAAGAGGAUUACGAAGGAAUGAAGAAGUUCCUCAAAAAGGAAGGCAGAGGAAAACACGUACUCGUUGAUGAAGUCCCUAUCACACUUGGGUUCUUAGAUAUCAUCACCACCAAGGCACUUUCAGAACACUGGAAAUGGAUAAAUGAGUUGGACGUGAAGUCAAUCACCCUCUGCUUUAGACCCAAUGACCAGUCCUACACGAGGAAUUUCCCGAUCGAAGAGGUCAAACCAGCUGGACAUGACAUCACAGUCCUCAACAGUGUAAAGAGGAACACAAAGCAUAUAUCUGAAUUGUUUCUGGCCAUCGGAAAUUACUCCCGUCGCGUGUUCGUCUCGUCGGAGCCCUCUCUGAGGAUCGACUCAGAGGAGACAGGCGGGGAAUGCCUUCCUCGCUUCAUAGAGAUGUGGUCGUGUCAGGCUCUUCAUCGCAAAUGCAAGGAUGAAGCGAUUUGCGAGUCUGUGAGGGCCUCGCACCCUACGCACGUCAUAUAUGAGGAAUGCAGAAAGGCAUCGGAGAAAAUGCCUGUCUUCGUUGUUCUUGAUAGCAAAUCGAGAAGGUGUGCAUUCGUAAAGGUAUUUUCGUUCCUUCACGACAAAGUCCCUGUCAUCUACCUGAGGAAAUUCGGCGAAUUUCGUGGAAAGCUUACUUCAGACGAUUCUUUCCCUCUCGUCAUUGUCACCGAGGAGGAAAUGAUGGGAUGUCACCCUUUGAACGUGACUGUGAUUCUCGACUUCCCUGGGUCGAAGUGGAAAAAUUACAAUAGAUUGAUAGUCUCCACUAGUGAAAGAAAGAUCGUCGUGGUUGACGAAGAAGAAUGGAGAAUGGGCAAAUUUUCGAAAGUCCCGAAAGAAAUAAAAGGAAAACCGGGGUGGAAAAUCGAGAAAAGAAGAGGGGAUGCAGAAGAUCUUAGGGAAAAUCUAGAGAAGACAUGGCAAAAGUACAAAGGAACAAACCUCGCAAGGCUAGGUGAACGGAUUUUCACUAUACUGCCCUUCCCUGAAAUGAAAUUUGAUAGGGAUAGGAAAAAAGAUGAGGAUGCAGAUGUAACAAAGAUGCUAGGGUGCACGUUUAGCGUGAUAAUUGGCUACCCAGCCUCGGGAAAAUCAAGGAAAUUAGAUGCGUUGAUCGAACGAGUGACGGGCCAAGUCCUCCUUCUCCACUCCGGUGGCGAAUUGUCUCACGAGGUGUACAGACAACGAUGGAAGGAAGAGAACAACGUCGACGUUGUGGACGCCCGUCAAAUAAACUCUCUCCAGGACAUUUUCAAAAAAGUGGAGGAGAGGUUGAGGGAAAAAAAGGAAAAGGAGAAAGUGGAGAAGGGGAAAAAGAAGGUGAAAGGAAGGAAGAAAAUGGGGGAAGAGUACAUGAAGGAGAAAGAGGUGAAAGAAGAAAAGGCAGUGCUAGAUUCGCUGGUCGUGGUGGUCGAAGACUGUCCCUUCUUCAACGAGUUUCCGGAUAACACCGCUGAGAGAUUGAAAGAGAAGAGGGUGAAGCUCAUCCUCUCCUUCAAACCCCAUUCAGCAAACGCUUCUGAGAUCUCGGUGGACAGAGUCAUUGAAAAGCUGAAGAAAUGGCAAGAUAGCACUGUGGUAGUUGUCCGGUCGCAGCUUACCGACCUUCUUCUGAUGAGGCACAUCCGAGAAAAUGAGACUUCAACUGGUCUCGACUUGGACUCGAAGAACCUAUCAGUCUCUGCUCUCGCUGCGUCCAUCGUCUGCGGCCCAGGCGUCCAAUAUAUCCAAAUCAAAGCCCAAAAAUGCUCGGGACGACAUUUGGGAUACACCUGCCGCGGAGAAAACAAGUGCGGAACGACUGCGAAUGCUUUACUUUCCUUUGUGCAAAAGGAUACUUUCGAAUCAACUCCUUACAUCUUAGUUUCAGAAGAAGUCCUGUUACAACCACUGCAAGAGAAAUUGCGGAAUAUCGGGAACCAAUUCCCUGUGAAACAUUUGAAUGACUUUCGCGGUUGUGAGACUUCGGUUGUGAUUUCUUUUAACGUAAAUGAUGACUGGCUGUUAGAAGUGUUCUCCCGCUCCAGGACACGACUCGUCAUCAUAGACAACCUCGUCAAACAUCGGGAUUUAUGGAAACAGAUGAAGAAAGAAGGGCGCGUUGAAGCCAUCUCGUGUACCACGGAACACGAAGACGACUUGAGCACCCUGCUAAGAAUAGAUGAUCAAGAAAUGUUCCUGCUGCAUCCGACAUGGGAUGAGGUAGGAAUUCGGACCGGGAUGGCGGCAGUAAAAAGAGGGAACGUCUUGGACAGGAACACCGGCGCCAUUCGCCUCAUCUCUCCUGAGACAAUAGGAGCAAUCGAUGAGGAGCUUCUUCAGUCUUCUCCUUUCAGCGAUUGGGGAUAUGCCUGGAAUGGUAAGAGGAAGUCUUCGGGUCUAGGAGAAGUCUGA